UUCUUUACUCGGAAGUGACCGAUGACAGUCACGCCACAACGACAUUUAUUUGUCACGCUUUCUCUCAAAUAUAGUACAGAAUUACUGUGCUACAGUAAUGUAGACAUUUCUAUCUUUUUACUAAUCCCGAUAACGUUUAUCGCAAAUGCUGGUAAAGUAAUCUGGUUCGUUAUCGUUCUGUCUCAGCGGUUUCUGUAUAUAGCUGGGGCUUUGUUGUGCUUGUAGGCGCUGCGUAUCCAGUGUUCGGUUACGGCGAGAUAUCUACCAGUUUAACACAUGAGCGUGUCACUGGUCGUGAUCCGUCUGGAGAUAGCAGACCAGUCUCUUAUGCCACAAGGCUUCGAGUACUGCGCCGAUGAGGACAUGUCAGAAGGGGAGAUGAGAGAGAAAGCCCUGGCUUCUGCCAAGACUGCUUUGGUGGGCAAGACCGAGUUGGAGAAGUCAGCUGUCCUCCAUCAACAUAUUGGUAGCAGAGCCAUGUCAGACAUGGUAAUUGAGACCUUUGCACCAGAUGGAUCUGAUGAGAAGGAGGUGCCCCAGCCCAGUAAGGACAGCAGCAGCGGUCUGCAGGUGCAGACUGAGCACAGUGGUGAAGACAGAGGCCUGGAGUCUCCCUCCAAGCACCUUCCAGACCAGAUUUCCUUCUUCAGUGGAAACCCGUCGGUGGAGAUCGUACAUGGCAUCAUGCACCUCUACAAGACAAAUAAGAUGACCUCGCUGACCGAGGAGGUGCGACGGAGUGCCAUGCUGUGCGUGCUCACCGUGCCAACGACCAUGACGAGCCACGACCUCAUGAAGUUCGUGGCACCCUUCAACGACGUCAUGGAACACAUGAAGAUCAUCCGAGACUCGACGCCCAACCAGUACAUGGUGCUCAUCAAAUUCAGCACGCAGGCCGAUGCCGACAGCUUUUACACAGCCUGCAACGGCCGGCAGUUCAACUCCAUCGAGGACGCCGUGUGCCAGUUAGUCUAUGUGGAGCGGGCCGAGGUCAUCAAGUCGGAGGAGGGGGCCAGUCUUCCCGUGAUGGACCUGACGGAACUGCCCAAGUGCACAGUGUGCCUGGAGCGUAUGGACGAGUCUGUGAACGGUGUGCUGACCACCCUGUGUAACCACAGCUUCCACAGCCAGUGUCUGCAACGCUGGGAGGACGCCUCGUGUCCCGUGUGCAGGUACUGUCAGACCCCUGAGCCAGUGGAGGAGAAUAAGUGCUUCGAGUGCGGCGUGCAAGAGAACCUGUGGAUCUGCCUGAUCUGUGGCCACAUCGGCUGCGGCCGCUACGUUAGCCGCCAUGCCUACAAGCACUUCGAGGAGACACAACACACCUACGCCAUGCAGCUGACCAACCACCGCGUCUGGGACUAUGCAGGAGACAACUACGUGCACCGGCUGGUGGCCAGCAAGACAGAUGGGAAAAUGGUGCAGUACGAGUGUGAGGGAGAUUCAUGUCAAGAUGAGAAGAUCGAUGCGCUGCAGCUUGAGUAUUCUUAUUUGCUGACCAGCCAACUGGAGUCUCAGCGAGUUUACUGGGAAAAUAAAAUUGUCCAUAUGGAAAAAGAAACUGCAGAAGAGAUCAACAACAUGAAAGCCAAGUUCAAGGAGACCAUUGAAAAGUGUGACAACUUGGAGCUUAAACUGAAUGAAUUAGCCAAAGAGAAACAGACCAUGGAAAAGAAAUGCACACAACUGAAUAACAAGGUGGCGAAACUCGGCCAGGAGCUGAGGGAGGAGCAGGAGAUGAACCAGUGCUUGAGAGCCAAUCAGGUCCAGCUCCAGGCAGAGCUUCAGGAUGAGGAGAGGCGGGGUCAAGAAGCCGCCGCCCAGAAGGACGUCCAGAUCGCCGAGUUGCAGGAGCAGCUCCGUGACAUCAUGUUCUACCUGGAGACACAGCAGCAGAUCAACCAGAUGCCAGCCGACGCCCGCCAAGAGAUCCAAGAGGGCCAGAUCAACAUUGCUGCUGCCCCCAUCCCCCCCCAACCUGGGCCCUCCAACCUUGGUACAGGCAGGAUGGGUGGCAGGAAGGGGCGGUCCAAAAGAGGGAAGUAGCCAAUUAGGGGAAUGGGCUGGAAUGAAUGACAGACUUUUUGUUAGGCUUACUGGUGACCUGUUCCACCAUGACACCACAGCAGAUUGCAAAAACCUCAAGACCCACACAGACUUGCUUGCCCUGUGAGCAGUAGUUACCUUAGGAGGUUGGAACAGAUGUAUGGGCGGUAGGAAGAGUUCUGUUCAUCUCACACUAAUAAAGCCUUCACACCAGAAUGGGUUGAAUUUAGUAGAGUUCCGUAUUGUACGUGUGAUGGCCCUUGACAGUUUUCGUUCAAGGCAGUUUGACCACCUUCAUGUGGUGAAGCUAUGUCCAAACUUUUUUUUAGCUUUGUACACGAACUUUUGCACAGCGGCAGUACGCGCAAAACAAUGGAGGUGUUGCAAGUAACUGGUCCAAGUGUGCGAUUCGAAAUACUUGUUUACUCUUUGGUGCCUAGGAAAGACAUGUUUCGUACUUUUCUGAAGCCAAAAAUGGAAAGUUUUAGUAUAACUAAACUACUGCACGCUGACUACCUGGGGGGAAAAGGACCCACACCUUGUCAUGACUUUGUCGAUUUAUUGCAAAAUGGCUUUUUUUCCUUUAAUAUGCUGAACACGAGAAAGCUGGUGGAUUGUGCCGCAGAUGCUGCUGGCUGUGACCCUUUCUCCUGCUGCUAGAGAAGGAACCUUACAUUUCUCGGGACUGAUGAAUCUCAAAUUGAAAGUCCUGGAAGUUUCAAGUUUUGUGCAAGGUCUCACACAUCAGACGUGGAGACAGAAAAAAAAAAAAUACUGAAACGCUUGAUAUACAGGUUUGCGUUUUUACGGUGCAGUCCUUUAUUUCGUCAUGCUUGUGAAUGCAACACAAACAGAAUAUUUCUUGCAAUGUAACUGCAUCCAUUAUAGAAAAUGUACCAAGUGUACUUUUCUUUCCAAAUAUAUAUAUAUAUAUUUUAUUAUAUACUAUAACUGUGGCAAAGUUGUCAGAUUUGCUAAAUAAAGAAUUAGCUACAUGGUA